CUGUGCCCCCUUGACCCCCCCGGGUCUCCCGGGGCGUCGGGGAGCAGAGUGCGUGGGUGGCGUUGGGGUCCCGAUGGCGGGGCCCGGGUCGGGGGGCGCAGGGUGGGGUGUGGGGGUCCUGGAGGCCGGGCCGUGCGGGCCGGGGCUGCGGGUGUGGCGGGUGGAGCGGCGGGCCCUGGCCCCGGUGCCCCCCGACCGACACGGGCACUUCUUCGUGGGAGACGCCUACCUGGUGCUCAGCCAAACCCCACCACAACCAACGCGGCUACACUACUGGAUCGGGAAAGAGUGCAGUCAGGAUGAAAGCACGGCGGCUGCCAUCUUCACCGUCCAGAUGGAUGAUUACCUCGGGGGCAAGACGGUGCAGCACCGAGAGCUGCAGGGCUACGAAUCCACUGAAUUUGUUGCCUAUUUCAAAGGAGGGUUGAAGUACAAGGCUGGAGGUGUCGCUUCGGGCUUCAAUCACGUCAUCACCAACGACCUGUCCGCCAAGAGACUCCUUCACGUCAAGGGCCGCCGGGUGGUCAGGGCAACGGAAGUGCCCCUCAGCUGGGCCAGCUUCAACCGGGGGGACUGCUUCAUCGUCGACCUGGGACCGGAGAUCUUCCAGUGGUGCGGUUCUUCCUGCAACAAGUACGAGCGUCUGAAGGCCAGCCAGGUGGCAGUGGGGAUCCGCGAUAAUGAGCGCAACGGCCGGGCCCGGCUCGUCGUGGUGGAGGAAGACAGCGAACCGCCUCAGCUCCUCAAGGUCCUAGGGAAAAAGCCAGAGCUUCCGGAAGGAGAUGCCAGUGACGACAUUGUGGCAGAUGGCGCCAACAGGAAGAUGGCUCAGCUCUACAUGGUUUCGGACGCAAGCGGGUCGAUGAGGGUUACCCCGGUGGCGGAGGAGAAUCCUUUCUCCAGGAAGCUUCUGCUGUCGGAAGAGUGUUUUAUCCUGGACCACGGAAAAGCGAGACAGAUCUUCGUGUGGAAAGGCAAAGAUGCUAAUCCCCAGGAGAGAAAGGCAGCCAUGAAGACAGCUGAAGGUUUUCUGCGGAAAAUGAAUUACCCUGCCAACACCCAGAUUCGGAUUCUUCCGGAAGGAGGGGAGACGCCCCUCUUCAAACAGUUCUUCAGAGACUGGAGGGACAGAGACCAGAGCGAGGGGUUCGGGAAAGCGUACGUCACCGAGAAAGUGGCCAGAAUCCAAGACGUCCCUUUCGAUGCCAGAAAGUUACACGAGUGUCCCCAGAUGGCCGCCCAGCAUAACGUGGUGGACGACGGCUCGGGGAAAGUGGAGAUCUGGCGCGUGGAAAAAAACGGGAGAAUCCCCGUGGAGCCGGACACCUACGGAGAGUUUUAUGGGGGAGACUGCUACGUCAUCCUCUACACCUACCCUAAGGGACAGAUCAUCUACACCUGGCAAGGCGCCCGGGCCACCAGAGACGAGCUGACCACCUCCGCCUUCCUGACGGUUCAGCUGGACCGUUCCCUGGGGGGGACCGCCGUCCAGAUCCGCGUCUCCCAAGGCAAGGAACCCUCCCACUUGCUGAGUUUGUUCAAAGAGAAGCCGCUCGUCGUCUACAGGGACGGCACGUCGAAGAGAGGGGUCCGGGCACCUCCUCCCCGCCAACGCCUCUUCCAAAUCCGGAGAAACCUGGCCUCCGUCACCAGGAUCGUGGAGGUGGACGCGGACGCCGGGUCGCUGGACUCCAACGACGUCUUCGUGCUGAAGCUGCCCGUGGACACCGGCUACAUCUGGCGGGGACGAGGAGCCAGCAAGGAGGAAGAGUUUGGAGCCGCCUACGUGGCCGCCGUCUUGAAGUGCAAAACCACAAGGAUCGAGGAAGGCGAGGAGCCAGAGGAAUUUUGGAGUUCCCUGGGUGGGAAGAAAGAAUACCAAACCUCGCCCCUCCUCGAAACCCCGGCAGAAGAUCACCCUCCUCGACUCUUCGGCUGCUCCAACAAAACGGGCAGGUUCAUCAUUGAGGAAGUUCCAGGAGAAUUCACUCAGGAUGAUCUAGCCGAAGAUGAUGUCAUGUUACUGGAUGCUUGGGAACAGUUAUUCCUCUGGAUCGGAAAGGACGCCAAUGAAGUGGAGCGAACCGAGUCCAUCAAGUCCGCCGAGAGUUACCUGGAGGCCGACCCUUCCGGGAGAGACGAGAGGACCCCCAUCGUCAUCGUCAAGCAGGGGAGCGAGCCCCCCACCUUCACCGGCUGGUUCCUGGGCUGGGAUUCCGGCAGGUGGAGAAACUGAGGCAGCCCGGGCCAGCUUCCAGCCCAGAUGCGUGAGCAGAGAAGAGGGCGCCUCCCCCGCCGCAUCCCCCACCUUCAAUUUGGCCUCGACUAAAGUCCCCCUGCCCCCAGGGUCAGUGGGAUCUUGAGCCAUCCCAGAGUCCUGCUUUCCGCCCGUGGCACACAGUGCUCCGUCCGCUGCACGGAGCGUGCUGCCCGUUGCCCACAGUGCUCCAUCCACUGCACACCAUGUCCUGCUCACUGCGUACAGUGCUCUGGCAAGGCCGGAAUCCUCAGGGUUUCAUCCCCUCUCCACUCGGGCCUGAGGAGAAUCAGCUGGGCUGUUCUCCACUUGCUCAUUUCCCUAAGGACAGGGUUUUCAAAACCAUAGAUUUCCUGGGGAAAAAAAAGUUUCUCAGAAGUUUCAAACGUCCCUUGGCUUUCUUUUCCCCUAGAGCGAAUAUGCCAUUUAUGCCAAACUACUUUUUUCUGCCAGUCUGCCAUAUUUUGUGGCCUGCUUUUCCUUUGUGUUUACAAAAUUAAAUGGGUCUCGACUUUUUUUUUUUAAAUGAUUUCAAGCACAGGGGCUUUUCAGUAAAAAUAGAUUGAUUUGAUGUGUUUGAAAUGCAGCAGUCUGGCAGAGGGCUGAACUGUUUUAGACCGAAACAAAGUCACUUCCUCUUAAUUAGCCAGCUCAUUCAAGCCAAAGUUUCCUUCGCAAGUGGAAUUCAGCCUGAGAGAAGUGGCAUCAUCAAGAGAAAAACCAGCAGCCAAACUUUGAAUGGCAUGUGCAGUUUUAAAAAGAAUUUGCACCGUGAGCCUCAAUCAGAUUGGCAUUUUGAGAAUUAUUUUUCUUUGAAAACUAAAUUUAAAAUGAAUAUCUCUUAUCUUUCAGGAAUAAAAUAGGAAAAUUCUAUUCAUUCCAUUUUGUGAGGCCAUAAUCAGUGCUGAGGAAUAGUUGUGUGUGUGUGUGGUUGCCAACUUCAUGAUUGACACAACUAUGAUGUCGCGUGAGAUGGUAAAAUGCAGGCGCGGCGAGGAAGAGGGCUGAAAGAAGAUACGACAGUUCAGUUUUAGAUUAAACUUUCAAUCUCCAAUAGACUAGCUGCGUUGAUAACGUGGGGCUUUAUGCUGAAAGCUUAUUGACAAUAAAAACAUUACCACAACA